AGUGCUAUCGCGAUCGCUAGCUAGCUUCUCACGUGACAAUUGGAGAAAAGAAGUCUAACUUACAUACGGAAGUGUAACACUGACAAAAUAGGCCUUCCACCAGAGAUUAUUUAUUUAGACUGCCUAAGUUUACAGGAAAUCGGCAAACUUGCUACUUGUUCACUUUCUUAAAGGCUGAAUCCUUGAAAAAAUUACGCUUUUGCAACUCAACAUUGGAAAUAAAUUCCUCUCGCCGCGGACGUCGCAUCAAGCCAAGCCCAAGGCAAGGGCCACCCGGCCGGCCCGGACUCCGCUCUCGUGUUGACUGCUACUCGCCACUCGAGUGCUCGCGCUCGCUCGCUCUGCUGCAGUGAGUGAGGAACUGAAGCUUAGCCGUAGUUUCACUGCACUGUCUUUUCUGUUUGGGAGAGGAAAUCUUUGUUAACUUGUUCCAGCAGAGAAAGACGGAAUUGGAUGAAGACUUGUCUUUAGUUAACUUGCUCAUCUAUUUGAAACUAAAUCUUAACAGCCGAGCCUGUCUGUGCAUGUGAAUUUUGAAAUUGAAGUGAAUAUAUUACUAGACUCGUUGCCUGUUUCAGUGUUUGACUUUCUUUUGCCUUGGAUUUCGUGACUGUCUGUGGACUGCAGUGCAAGCUGCACUUGAACUUCAAGUGCCACUUCUAGUUAUACUAAUUCUCGCCUAGAUCUGUGUGUGAUCCUGAUGAGCUUAGUGAUAAGGCAUCAUACUCAUUACUAGUCAUAGACGAUAACUACCAAGCAUUUAUUUAGCAACAGAACACCUUCAAUCUACAGUAACAAAGUACAUGUACUACAACAUCUCAAAAUGGCUUUCUACAGUGAACUGGGAAUAAGAAUCCUUAUUAUUCUCACAUUGUGUUUGUGCCACUGUACUGCGUAUGUAUGCAAGCAAAUCGAUGCAGAGAAGAGUAAUUGCCGUUGCCAAUUUGAUGAUCCAUCAAAUAAAGUGGUAGAUUUUACACCCAUCUCUCGCAACGAUGGUCAUCCAGAAUUUCCUUUUGAUGGAUAUAGUACUACAGCAUCGGAUUGGAACUAUGCGUUUAACCCUUGUUUUCCAUUUACUGGACCAAGCGUGUGUGCUGGGAAAGCUGUUUGUCAGCAGAAUAAGAAGACUCCUGAUACUGUGUAUAACCUAGGGGAAUCUAAGCCUACUGUGUGGAGCCCUCAAGAUGAAAACACCAUUACAGUCACCUAUACAUCAUCUGAUAAUAUAAAGACAUCACUUGUCAGCUUCAAAUGUGAUAAAAAUGCUGUCAAAAAUCCAAUUCUUGAGUUUAUUAAUGAAAACCCUACAAACAGUUAUAAUUUUAAUGUAAAGACUUGUCUUGCUUGCCUCGAAACUGUACCAGGAUGUAUCACUUCAAAAAGCAAUAGCUUAACUACUGGAGGAGUGCUGUGUAUCAUCUUUACUGUUCUGGUAGUAGUGUAUAUUGGAGGAGGGAUCCUCUUCCAAAAGUUUGGUCGAGGUGCGACAGGUAAAGAACUGAUUCCAAAUUAUGCAUUCUGGUCAGACUUUCCUGCUUUGAUCAAGGAUGGCUUUCUCUUCAUGAUAUCACCAUGUUCCAAAAACGAUGGAUAUUCGUCAAUUUGAAAAUGGCUUCAUUGAUCAUUUGGAGAUAGCAAGAGAGAGAGGAUCGUUCACCGAUAGCUGAUUUUUUGGACAAAGCAAUAGAGGACUGAGUUUGUAAUUCAAAUGUUUUUCUUCAUACAUCUUUUAAAAUCCAACAAUCCUUUAAUAUCAAUUGCCAAGGAACUUUGUGUAGUGCUAUGAAUACAUGUAUAUCUGCAUACUUGGAUGCUUUCAAUCUCUUUCUCUCUUGCUGACUCGAUCUUGUUUAAGAUACCUUGUUGUGUGACUUGAUGAAAUUCUCUUAAUGUAUCAAGGUAGACCUACCCGGUAUUAGAAAUCUAGAAAAGUGAAAUCGAAUGUGAGAAACAAGGUCAUCAUGUUAUCGACUUGGCAAACAAUGAAAUCAGAGUCGUUAAUUUAUUGAAAGUCAUUUUGUUGAACUGGAAAACAAAGGUGUAUCAAGUUAUCAAGAAGGUGAAAUUGUAUAAAUUAUUUAUCAAUAGUCAGAACAAGGUCAUUUCAUAACAUCAGGAAACAAGGAAAAUGAAAAGGCCUUUUUAAUUUAUUAAUGAAAAAUAACGAGGUCCGUGUAUAAUAAUGGAACACAAAAAAAUGUUUUUUAUUUGUGGUAAACAAACUAAGUCAAUGUAUUAUAAUGGAAUACAAAAAAGAAUGAAAUUUUCUUUUUACUUAAACAAGGUCAUUGUAUUAUAGUGGAAUACAAAAAUAAGUGAAAUUGUCUAUUUAUUAAAAAAAAGAUACAAAAAAAGUCAUUUCAUUUUCUUUUUCUGGGGGAGGGGAUUUCAAGGUUGGCAUUCAGAGGUUCAUUUUUUUCUGUAAAAUACAUCUCCAUCUUAUGUACAUGUAUGUAACUUAAAUAUUUAUUUUAUAAUUUGUUUACAAAGUGCCUUGAAAUCAGAAGUUGGCUGGAAAGAUAUUCAGGGUCUGUACGGAUAGCCUAUCACAACUUGCUGUUUUUUUAGCAUUUUUAUAUCCCUUUUGGAAAACAGCAAAUUUUGUCCAUUUAGUUUUCUCCACAGGCUUUAAGACAUGACGCAUCAAUUGCAUAGCUUUCUGACUGUGUAUGUACGAUAUAUGUUUGGUUGUCUUGUUAUUAUUGUUGAUUCCUAGGAUCCAUAUUAGAGAUCUGUUCAUUUAUUCUAUAGUCGGGUUUAUUUUCCUAUUAAAGGUUAGGAACUAUCUAUGAGAUGUAAACUUUAAAAUUUUUAAAAAGUGUAAUGGAAUUUAUUUUGAUAUCUACAUGUAUUUAAUGCUUUUAAAGCUAGCUAGUUUGUGACAUUGUUCAAGAUGAAAAAUCAAAAUCAUGAAUUCAGUUGCUAAUUUGUAUCACAGGUCAGUCAUUUGGGUCAGACAGAAAUGGCGAGAGCUUUAUAAGACCAGUACUUAAUUUAUGAUUUUGCAAUAAAGGUAUUACCGUACUGGUAAGAAAUCUUCCAGCAGGCAUGGUGACAUCACAUGAUGCUGUAGGCUUGGCCGCCCUCACUGUCUACUUGCUGGGGGCAUGUCAUUUGCUCCUGCAACAUUUGCUUCGGUCUACUCUUAAUAUCUCAGAGGGCAUAAGGUUAGAGUUUGGAUUGUAGUAUAGUUUUUGGUUUAGAAUAAUGUAAAGAUUACGAUUAUGGUUUAUUUCGUUCUGGAGGUUGGGUUUUUAUGUUUGGCUUAACGUGCAGAUUUUCUGUCAGAGCAAUUGUCAUGGAACCCUCAUUCGUUGUGUAUGGGAAACCUCAAUUAUACAAUUUCCAUGGCCCAAACCGUGAUUUACGUUAAACCAUGAUAUUAGUCUUGGCUGAACUUAUGGGAAGCUUAAUGUAUUAAAAGUUUUUAUUUACCCAGUAUGUUUCUUGUGUUUUCUGGGGUAAUUUGGAUUCCCAUGUUUUAGAUGUAAAUAGAACUAUUGAAUAUUAUUCCCACACAGUUGGAAGCUAAAUGAGAUUAUAAGUUAGUUAUAUAUUUUUAUGUCAUGUUUGGCUACCCAUAGAUACACUAUAUAUUUAUUUCGACUUUGGUUCAAAUACAAGUUCAGCAUGUGGGCUUACAUGUACAGUACAUGUACAAUACAUGUAUGUAUUUGUGUGCUUCUUUCUUUUAGAAACAAAUGUUCUUGUUCUUAGGUGUUUACGUUCAGUGCUAGUAUUGAUAUUGUAUAACAUUACUUGUUUUGUUACAGGGUGUAUCUUAGUAAUAAGAAACUUCAGCUAUUUAUUUCUGCUUGAUGAAUGUAUAGUGUGCUCAAUAUUCUGAAGGUUCAUAAUUCCAAGUCUGUUAAUCCAAAAAGGAAAAAAGUGGUAAUUAUUUUGAAGGUUUGUUCAUUGGACAAUAACUUGAGGUGUGUUAUUUUGAAUUUGGUCUGGAAAUGAAAUAAGGUUGGAAGUCUGGAAAUAAGACUAAGGUUUGUUUGUAUGAAAAUAAGAACUUUACGAACCUUACUCCAUUUUCAGACGAUCUAAGCUGUGAUUCAACAAAUCUUAUUUCUUUAUUGGAGUAACAAAUCUUCAGAAUAAGAAACCAUUAUAUUUUAAUUAAUGAACCUAUUGAACCUUCUUUUCUUUUGAUAACAAACCUUGACUCAAAUGAGGCUUCAGGGUAUGUGUACCUGUGGAAUAAUGAGAUGUAACUGAAGAUACAUGGUGUAUGUAUGUCUUGUUUAUUAUUUAGCUUUGAAAAGCAUUGUACUUAAAUUUAUUGGUAGGAUGUGAUAUAAAAGGCUGUAGAUGUGAAUGAAAGUGUUUGCAUUAUUAAAUUAAAUUUACUUAAGAAGCAAGACUGCACAUCAAUAUAAUAAUAUUAAUAAUAAUAUAGGGUAUUUAUAUUGCGCACAUAUCCACCUUGUUAGGUGCUCAAGGCGCUCCUAUAUUACCUGGCUAAGCUAGGCGUUCAUAGCGUAGCGCACACAGCUUUUUGAGGAAUUACUUCCUACCGAUACCCAUUUACCUCACCUGGGUUGAGUGCAGCACACUGUGGAUCAGUUUCUUGCUGAAGGAAAUUACGCCAUUCCUGGGAUUCGAACCCACGACCCUCUGUUUCAAAGUCCGUAGACUAAUCGUGCCAGAUGUAUUUGUUUGUUGUUAUAUUUUCAAACAUCGUUUCAUAGAAAUAUUUAUUAAAGAACACUUACAUGUAGGCAUCCUUAGAACUGUCAUCUUGGUAUAUUUUUUUAGUUGGUGUAUAUAUUUGCAAUAUUAGUGCAGGGUGAAUAGGAGAACUAACCAUUGGACAUUGAUGAAUUCCAAACAUAAGCCUAUUCAGUAGCAAGACCUUGAUAGUUUAGUUUUUUUUAAUACCUCCUGUAGUUUUCUUUUAAUGAUAUAUAUCGGUAUGUCUUCUCAUUUUUUGUCUUUAUGUAUAUAAUAUUGAUCCAUUACUUAAUAAUGCACUGACACUCGAAAGUCGCAAUGUUUACUUGGUGUAUUUUUGAUAACAAUCAUGGAUCUUGAUUUCUCUGUCCAAAUACUCAAUAAAAUGCUGUUUAAAAUUUGAGACUAUGCUAUUUACUUGUUCAAUUUUGCAUACAGUAGCCUAACUGUUUAAGCAACCAUGUUUAAUUUACUGAAGUUUAAAUGUUCCAUAUUAAACUUUGUCUUUUAAGAUUUCAAAUUCUUGUUCAGUUUGUUAAUCAACUGCUCUUAGUUUAUAUAGUAAAUAGCAUUAAAUAUAAAAAAGUUUUACUGUGUGAAAAUCAUAUUUGUUAUGGUUACAUUUCCCUUGUAUGAAAGGAUGGUUGAUUAUAUGUUGUGACAAGGAAAAGUUUAUAGGCCCAAAGAUGAAUUAUGAUAAUUAUCGACACAAAUUCUUCCUUUAUAUUACCUCUAUGGUCUGUUGGCUCAGUUGGUAGAGCAUCCGGCUUACAUCCAGGAGGUCGGGAGUUCAAACCCCGGCCGCGUCAGACCAAAAGAUGUUAAAAGAUAGGAGUUGCUGCUACCCUGUUUAGCGUUCAACGAUGAAGGGAUAGAGCUACGAUCAAUUUAGGCAAAAUAAUUUCCGAAGUAUUUCCAUUUCAGAUCUCUAUUCUAUAUCAAACAAUAAAAUAUGGAUAAUUCCAUUUUUUUCAUAUUAGUAGGUAAAUUUUCUACUCAAAGUGGUUUGUAUGUAGCGCCUAAGUUGGUGAAGUGCACAUUCCUUGUUUUGUAUUGCUAAUAUUUUGUUGAAAUAAAUUUUCAUCAAAUUUAAGUACAA